UACCGGAUACCGAAACAAGGCGUUACCACAUUCAACCACGGCCAAAGAGUCAUCUACGUUACUUUACAAUGUUAUAACAGGCGUGAAUAAUCUCGUCCCAUUUCCUUCAUAGCUCAAUAUUGCGUCUUACUCUUUACAAUCCGGCGUUAGUCACUAGCAAGCCAUUCCGAAGUAGCCCUAUCUAUCUUGGGCACUAUCUUAAAAACCCUCUCCUCGCCCCUCUCUCUACGUAAAGUACCUCCACCAAAGAAGCACCUCAUGUUCAAGUCUUGACAAGGAAGAACGAGAAGGAGACUAAAAUUAUGGAGGCCUAACAGAAACUCACUAAGAAGGGCUGGUAAAUUUGAGGGCCCUUGGUAUUUGACAUACUUACUCAGCCUCGCCACUCUGGGCAAAGUCUUUGCUGAAGUUCAUCGCUCACAAUAUACACUACGCUAUUAGAGGAUGAACACUCCUCCCAAGGUAUAACAACUCAUAGCGGUCCCGAAGUGUCGAAAGAAUCAAGGUCAUUAAAAAGGGGGCCCAAAAGAAAACACUGGCCAAGGAGCCUGCCAAGUGCAUUCUGAACUAUCUCCGGCCUUGUCUGAAUUUCUGGUGUCCUGACGGAGCUGUGAGGUUUUCCUAUAUCCCCAACAGCCAUGGACUACAACGAUGACCCACGUCUCAUAGAGCUUGGCUCUAUUGAGGCCAUAUACCCAGAGAUCCGCCGCCCUGACGCAAAGGACCCCUUCACCUUCGAGGUAGAUCUCCCCGUUGAGCCCGCCGCUCCUGUUACUGUCAACUUCCCAGCAGCAUCAGCACCCGCCCACCCAGGACUCACAACACUUGGCCAGGCUACUGAGAAUGCCCAGCCUGAGGUUGACUCUCUUAAAGUCUCGUACCUGCCCCCUCUACGGUUGAGAGUCUCUCUCCCAGAGGGUUACCCUACAGAUGCGCCACCAGACAUUGUGGUAUCUACCAUACCGCAGUGGUUGUCGAGGGAAACGAUCAAACGGCUUGAGGAUGAUGGGCCGCGCUUAUGGGACGAGAUUGGUCGCGAUAUGGUUGCAUUUACUUACAUCGACCAUAUUCAGCGCGCCGCUGAAGACGUGUUUGGAACCAUCAGUCCUGAGGGAACACUUCAGGUUGAUCCAGAACAUAAACUCGCCGUGCUGGACCACGAUAUAAAAGCCAAAAAGGCAGCUUUUGAAAAGGAGACAUUUGAUUGUGGUGUCUGUCUCGAUCCCAAAAAGGGCUCCAAGUGUCACAGAAUGCUUGACUGCGGACAUAUAUUCUGUAUUCAAUGCUUACAGGAUUUCUACAACGACGCCAUCAACGAGGGUAACCUUGCUACUGUUCGUUGUCUGAGCCCUAACUGCGCCAAGAAGCGUGCAGCCUUGAGAGACACAAAGAAGAACAAGGUUGCCAUCAGCCCUAGCGAGCUUCUCCAGAUUGGUCUUUCCGAGGAAAUGGUGAAGCGAUACGUGACGCUAAAGUACAAGACAGAACUAGAGUCUGAUAAAAACACAAUAUACUGUCCACGACAGUGGUGUAAUGGAGCAGCCCGAUCGAAACGUCACAAGAAGCCGGAAGGUUUAGAGUUUGCCGAGACGUCUGAUGCUGAAGAAGAACAGAAAGAACAAGAACAAGAAGGGAAUAGUGCCAAGUCUGGGAAAAGGAAGAAUAAGAAAACGUUUAGCAAAGCGAAUCUCUUGGCUAUCUGCGAAGACUGUGGCUUCGCUUUCUGUGGCCAAUGCUACCAGUCAUGGCACGGAGAGUUUGUCCGAUGUGCACCACGACGUGAUAAGGGAGAACUCAGCGAAGAGGAAAAAGCAUCACUCGAGUACCUACAGCUUCACACAAGUCCAUGCCCUACAUGCAACGCCCCUGCGCAGAAGACACACGGCUGCAACCACAUGAUCUGCUCGCGAUGCGACACUCAUUUCUGCUAUCUAUGCUCUUCAUGGCUUGACCCGGUGAAUCCAUACCAGCACUACAACCAGCUGGCGGGCGGCAAGGUCACUUCCUGUUACAUGCGUCUGUGGGAACUCGAGGGUGGCGAUGGCGACGACGUGGGCUUAGGGUUCGUUGGUGGCCGCGGUCCCGUUGCAGAUGCUCCCGCGGCACUCGAUGAUAUUGAGCUUAUGCCUCUGCCGGAAGUCAUCGAGUCUGAUGACAGUGACGGCGAGGAUGGAGCUAAUGCCCAGGGCAACAACAGACCGCUUGGAGGCCAGGGCCAAGGUAUCGAGAUUGCGCGUGAAGGACCCCUCGUUAUACGACUCGUCGAUAAUCAAGCUCGCGAUGGUCGAAGGGCUAUUCCUCCCGCUGCACCCGACGCACCGCAACAACUCGCGGGCCGCGGCCAUAAUGGCCCACCUCGAGGUCCAGCGGGGCGAGGACGCGGCGCAAGACGGGCUGGGAGAAUAGGAGGCGCCGGAGCCCGAGGAAGAGGAGGAAGAGGAGGAGGAGGAGGAGGAGGAGGGGCUCGUGGCGGGGGAGCUGUUGCUAACCGUCAACGAGUGAACCAGCGACAACCUCAACUACUUCAGCAGGCACAGGGCCAGGAUGAGAAUAACCAGGAUGGUCUGGACCCGGCACAAGAGGCCUGGGUCCGUCGAUUUGUGCAGAUGGCGCUCAACGAUGAAGAGGAUCUCGUUGAUGGUGAUUCUGAUGAAGAUGAUGGUAAUUGGGUCAUUCGGUGACAGCUGUCCUCAGACAGGUUCCCGAUCACGCCAAGCGCGGUAUGUAUGGUAUGGAUGGCAAUGCGCGGCUCCGCAGUCACGACCCAAGGUGGUUUAAUGAUACUGUGAAAUCUCUAGAUACUGUACAUUUAGGGAAUCACUAUAUGUGUCCUGUAGCAAAUGCAUGCAUGAUCUACCAUCUCCACCAAGACCAAGAUCCUACCUAGGAUGAUGUCAACUGGGCUUUGCUACGGCAAUACAUAUGUGACUCAAUGGCUACCUCACUCACAGCAAGUAUCCUUCUACGAGAAUCAAGUUCUCCUCGCCCAAGGACGACGCCAACCUGAACCGGCACGUUAGUCCUAAACCCAUACCCCCCAACCCAUUCAGCGCACGUCGGGUUCUCGAUUCGUGUCUGCUGCAAUCGAGAAUCUUCGGUAUCAAAGAUAGGCUCCGCUGCAGCAACCCAAAUUCGUCCUUGACAGCCGUUGGAUAUGUGGAGUGUGCAUGUAUAUAUGUACUUGAGACUGUUCUGGUAGGGUGACCUGCCGAUUACUCAAGCAUGGCCGUAUGCCUAGCAUUCCAAAUUACAAGAACUCAUUUAGACUUGUGGGAAA